UCUCGUCCGUCUUUUCCCUCUCUCUUGCAACCCAUGCAGCCUUCCUUAGACUUCUCCUCUACCUGAAAUCCCACAGACUCUAUUACCGGACUUUCAGCCAUGUCUGGAGUAGAACCAGUCCCGUUAACACCGCGGGAAGCUGCAUCAGGACUGCUCGGCUCGAUAUCCCUGACCUGCUGGAUUUUCUUGUUGCUCCCCCAACUCAUUGAAAACUACCGCAAUGGCAAUGCGGAAGCCAUAUCAAUGCUUUUCCUCUUCGUCUGGUUCGUCGGCGAUAUAACGAACCUCAUUGGCGGCGCCUGGGCCGGCCUGGUCCCCGUCAUCGUCGCCAUUGCCGUAUACUUCUGUAUCGCGGACGGUGUCCUCAUCGCUCAAUGUCUCUACUACCGGGUUAGGAAUGCACGCCGUGUCGCUCGCGAAAGGCUCUCUUCAACUGCUACCCCUGAACCCACCACUCCGCUUCUGGGGCGGCGAUUCAGUGAUGUAGUAGUAGGAAUAAGUGAGGAUCCAGUGCGUCGUCGCGGUUCUCGAACGGGGCCCUCAUACAGCGCUAUUCCUGGUGCUGCGCCGCCUAUGAGUCAGAAUCCGGAAGAUACGCUUGCGAAGUUAGUGGAGGAGAAUAGUGCCGGUUCUUCAGCUUGGGUGAAGAACAUCAGCAGCGUGCUGGCUAUUUGCGUGAUUGGUAUGGCUGGUUGGACUAUUGCGUGGCAGACGGGGGUGUGGGAGCCUGCUCCUCAGAGCGAUAAUGGGGGCGUGGAUACGGCUUUUGGAGCUCAGGUUUUGGGGUAUAUUAGCGCUGUUUGUUACUUGGGGGCGCGUUUACCUCAGAUCUAUAAGAACUACACCAACAAGUCAUGUGAAGGCCUCUCCCUGUUGUUCUUCAUCCUCUCUUUGAUGGGUAAUUUGACCUACGGCGCUGGGAUUUUGUGUCAUUCCACGGAGAGGGACUACAUCAUUACCAAUCUGCCCUGGUUGAUCGGUUCCCUGGGGACUCUGGUCGAGGAUGUGACUAUCUUCGCGCAGUUCCGUCUCUACGUGGUCCCAGAUUCGACUACGGCAGUGUUGUAAUUCUUGACUUUUGAUGGCUUUCUUUGCUGUACUGCCUUUUUUUUUUUUUUUU